UUACCCAUCUCUAGAGCAUAGCACGUGUGGUUGUAUUCAAUUUAAAAUAUAGUUUUGCUCGAGAUAAUACGUUUCAAUCGCCCUAGUAAAGAUGGUUAAAGUACAGAAACCCCAGGCCAAGUCGCUGAAUAAGAGCACCAGCAUCGAGGGCGUGGCCAAGAAAAAGGGAAAGCCGGAAAAGUCCAUUAAACUGCCCAAAGAAGCUAAUUUAGAAUUGGUCAGCAACAAAAAGAUCAAAAAUGUGGCGUCUCAAAAAAACGAUGCCGCCAAAAAGGAGCCUAAGGUGAUCAAAAAGGAAGCCGAAAAGAAACAGCCAAAGGCGGUCAAAAGGCCUCUCAUUUUGGCCCCUCCUGAGUCUCCGGCUGCUACUCCUGUAGCAGAGAAGAAGUCCAAAGUAAAGCCGGCUGUUCCCGCCACUCCAGUGUCCAAGAAGAAGACAUCCCAGAAGCCCCUCAUUUUGGCUCCUCCAGAAUCGCCAGUGGCACCCAAAAAACAAGAGAAAAAGGUUAAAGGAGGUAAAAAAGACGCAGCUCCAGCUAAGUCUGCUCAGGAUGCUGUUCCAGUCAAGAAGCCAGCUGAGGCUGCUCCUCCAGCUAAGAAGUCGGCGAAGGUUGCGCCUCCAGCCAAAAAAUCAGCUCAGGUUGCUCCUCCAGCCAAGAAAUCAGCUCAGGGUGCUCCUCCAGCCAAGAAAUCAGCUCAGGUUGCUCCUCCAGCAAAGAAGGAGAUUUCAGCUGCCCCUGUGACCAAAAAGGCAGCCCAGUCUGCGCCUCCCGCCAAAAAACCCGCCCAAGCUGCUCCGCCCGCGAAAAAAUCCCAGAGCCCAGCUGUUGGGCAAUCAAAAAAGACCCAAAAAACCACCAAGGAAGCAACCCAAGCCAAGCCGACAAAGGCUCAACCCGCUACCCAGCUCCAAAAGAAAAACAAGUCGGCGCAGAGGCUUUCCAAACCCGCCAAGGCUCCCAAAUCCAAGAAGUCCUUUAACGGGAAGAGCAAAGCUGGCCAGCCGAAAGGCAAAGCUGCCAAGAAGGAGCCGGCCAAGGCCAAGAAGCCUGUUGAGCUGACCUUCGAAUUGAAGUCCUUUGACGAACAAAGGUACAAGGAGAUUGUGAGCGAGAAUAAUGUUACGAAGGUGUGCCAGGCGUUGAAGACACUAGUGUCCGAGGAGGUGGCGAAGAAGAAGACUACCUCGAUCUUCACCGACUACCGCUACGUUCUGCAAGUGGCUAGCUACAAGAUUCCCAGCUGUCCCAAGCGCAUGGUCAAGUUGUCUCUAAAGCAUUCGCUGGUUGGCAGCGACGACGACGUGGCCAUCAUAGUGCCCGAUUUGCAGCGCGGUGCCAAGUUCGAGUCUGAUCCCACCAAGCAGCACUACGAGGAUCUGCUGCGAGAGGCCGGCGUGAAACAGCGCCUGACCGUCAUCCCCUUCAACCAGCUGCGCAACGAGAUGGGCACCUUUGAGGCCAAGCGCAAGUUCCUCAACAGCUACGACUACCUGCUGUGCGACGGUCGCCUCUCAGGCCAGGCAACCGCCUUUUUGGGCAAGAACACGCAGAAGUCUCGUAAUGUGCUCCACGCCGUGCGACUGAGUAAGGAUAACGACAAGUUGUCGCAGGAGAUUACACGUGCACUCAACCGCACUGCAUUCAGGCAGCUGGCCAAGGGCGAUCUGACGGCCAUUCCAGUGGGCAACCACGAGCACAGCGCCGAGCAAUUGGCUGAGAACAUUCUGCUUGUCAGCAAGCAGCUCCAGCAAGUAUAUGCCGGCGGCUUGGCCAACAUUCGGUCGCUGUACAUUAAGAUCGACAUUACGGGCACCACGUCGCUGCCACUGUACGUCAGCAUGUGUGCACCGCCAGCGGAUACACCUUAUGUGGUGGGUCCUAAAGAGCAGCGUAUGCUUAAGCUGAAGAAGCAGGCCAACGAGGUACUGUCCAGAUUUGCCAUGACCAAGGAUGCGGAGUUCGUGAAGCUCACCAGCGAUCAGGUCAAGCGCAAGGCCGAGCUGCGCGAAGAAAAGGCGGCCUUGCUGGCCGCUGAUGCUGCUCCCAAGGAUAACGAUGGCGAGGACACUGCCGUGCCAACAAAGAAGGCCCGCAAAGAGUCGGCCAGCGAGGGCACCAAGGCUGAGGCAGAUUCCGAUGAAGAGGAAGAUGUCGAGGAGGCGGAGGACAGUGCCGGCGAAAGCGGCGAGGAUGGCGACGACACUGAUGAUGAGGACAUUGAUGAAGAAAAUGAAGAUGAUGAUGACGAGGACGACGAUGAGGAAGAUGACGACGAAGAGGAGGAUGAUGAUGAAGAUGACGAUGAGUAAUCUAACCUUCUGGCUAAAUUGCUCUUCAGUAGUUAUAGUUUUAUUUCUAUAUAUGCAAACUAAACAUGCUAUAAUUCCGUUUGCAAUUUUUAUAACAGUUUUAAGUAAUAAACGAAUGUUUUAAGUAUGGAA